UUGGGUUUUCUUCUGUCUUUUUUAUUUUCUCGAGAGAAAAUCCUGUCCUUCAUCGAUGAGGAUCAGGAAAAGAAAAGUUCCGCUGCCUUUCUCUUCCAUUUCUCCACUACCUCUUUCAUCAGAUCCCAACUUCAACCGCCCUCCGGUGGCGGUGGUGCAACAACAACAACAACCUUCUCCUCCGUCACCCACUACUCCAUACAGCUUUGAUCCUCUCCACCACCCUUCCAAAUUUGGUCAUCCAAAUCACCCGAUCGGCCAACCACUACCAACCCAAGCCCUUGAUUCAUCCGCUUUCCAUGGAAAGAUCAAACAAGAUUACUUGGUCUUGACGCAUGGAGAAGAGGAAGAGGAAGAGAACAAGAAUGGUACCGGGUAAGAAAUGAAGGGCUAAAAAUGUUAAAAAAACAAACCCAAAUUGCU